GUCAGCCAGCCAGAAGCACCCGUCCGUCACACACUGUGUGUCUGCUCUGCACAUGAAUGUAUGUAUGUAUGUCUACGAUAGCGGUCGAUGAAUCCAUCUGCGUGUGCAUGGAAUGACUGUGAGGAGAGACACAUGCAAGCCCUCGCCUUGCAGUCAUUCCAUGGCAUGCACACCACAGAUGCUUGCGUGUGCAAGGGCUGUUGGUUGUACAGACAGAUGCAUUGCAAGCACCCAUCGAUCACAUCACCACACAACCUCCCUCCACCUCCCUUAUCAGCCCCCAGCACCCCCAGCUGCCGCCGCAGCAGCCCGUCCCCCCGAUGGCGGCCUCCUCCCCCUCGAUGGUGAUGGUGGUGGCGACGGCCUUGGUGGGGUACAGCGUCGAUGAAGGCCGCCACUGCUGCCUCCACCUCCUCCUCCCUCUCCCUGGCCUUUCGCUUCUCCUGCACCCGCCUCUGGAAGUCCGCCUGCCGCGCCGGGGUUCGAGCUUGGCCUUGGCGGCCGCCAGGCGCUGGUCCAGCUCCCGGCUCGCCUCCUCCGACUUCUCAAUGCUCUUCUUCAGAGCAUCGAGCUCCUCACGCACCUCUGAACGGAUCCCCUUGCGCAGCUCCCGCAGCUGUGGGUUGGGUUUGUCCUGCGUGUGGCCAGUGAUCUUGCUCACCUCCUCGUCCCCCUCGAUGAUGGUGUCCUCCUGUGUGGCGGUGUCGGGCUUGGGGGACGGGUUGGUGAGCUUGACGUACUUGUCGAUGGCCGCCUCCACCUCGCGGCGUCGUUUGAGCCUCGCGGUUCCUGGAUGGAUGGAUGGACGGAGCACACAGGAUACCGCGAAGGCAUCGUCAAGUCUAUUUGAGGCUGGAUGUGUCGUAUGUUGUGUUGCUGCCUACCCCUUGCACGUCAGACAGCUCCUUCUCAAUCUUCUGCCCACCCAGACAGAAGGGAGAGAGACAUGCAAUGGAAUGGAUGUUACGACUGAGCCUUACCACGCUGAGCCUUGCGAUAUCCCAGCCACACCACUCCGUCUCGGGGAGAAUCCUUGGGAGACCGUAGCAGGCGCCGCGGGAGGGGAGUCUCAGGUGCCAUUUGAAGUGGGGGACCACCUCAAUCAGCAGUGAGAUCGGCAGGGCUUCGAGGCAGCGAAAGGGCAGAUGGAGAAAGACACCAGCGAGCAGAUUGACGUUCUGCAUCGGUGACAGACACAAAGAGACGGUCUCUGUCUGUAUCUAUCUGCGUAUGGGUUGGGUACUUCUACGAGGUAUGUGAGGGUGUCGAUCAGCGCCUCCGUGUCAUCGGCGUUGCUCUCGACGCCACACACACCAGACUGCACCUGAAGAGGGGCACCAAGCGAUGCAUUACCACACGUGCACUGCAACAACCCUCCGUCAGGCGUGUCGAUGCGCACCUUGAUGGUAUUGGGGCUGUCCAUCGGACGUCGAUGCCUGGCGUCCGACCGUCCAGUCGCCGCCGUGCGAGCCCUCCCGCACGGUGACCAACCGAAGCAGCGCUGAGACGCAAAACAACAUCCACACACGUGAGUGUGGUGGCUGUAGUCGAGCCGUACGCGUAUCAAAGGCAUGGCAUGCAGCCCCGGGAGACAGGCACCGCGCACCACGCCACCACCCUCAGAUUCAUCGAUCUGCACACACAGCCACAGGGGCCGACUCACAAACACGGGAGAAAGGACAGAUGGAUGGAUGGAUGGAUGUGGCCACGAGAGUGGGUGUGUGGGGGUGUGUGUGAUCACUCACCGGUAUGAGAGAUUUGCCUCCUGCGAUGAGUGUCUCCGAUACAGCUACGUCACCACCAGCAGAUACGCACGACUCGGCCUUGGUCUUGCGUAUCAUGGAUGAGGGCGCGGGCAAGUCGAGAAGGCUGUCGUGUGGGUUGGUGGUGGGGCGGGGCGGCUGUGACGUCUUGACGCGGCAAGUGAGGCGGCGUCGCUCGGCCUCUAUGGCGGCCGAGCCCACCUGAUGGGGCUGAAAUCGCUGCACAAGACCAAUGUGAGUGAGCAUGGCGGCUGUGGGGUCAGACUGUCCCUUCUUGUCGUCUUACAUACAUUAAGAUAGCACGCCACACUGAGCUGAGUCAGCUGCAGUAGAGAGGGGAUGUUGAAAAAGUCCGCCGCCUGCAGCGGGUCCAGGACACCAAACACGUACAGAGGGCGCGUGUGCUGUGUGUCUGGUGACUCUGGCGGUUGCUGUACCUUCAUGAUUCUGAGGACCUGAUACUCGUUCUGUCGGAGAUAGAAGGCGUCCCACCCAUCAGACACGACCUGCAUUCCAAAAGAAGAAGCGGCAAUGAAGAUUCACGCAGCUCAUGAGCCAUAUGAGCCAUAUGAUCGUCUGCAUCUGACCUCCCCGAUGUGGUGUGACUCGACGCGUUUGCAAGGCAGCCACGGAUCCUCGUCGGCCACAUGGCGCUCGCAGUACUCCAGCACCGCCAUCAGAGUGAGUCUGCUAAACUGACGGACCGGCAGCGGCUCAUCGGCGUCUGCGAGAGAUGCACACAAGAACUCACAGACGGGCUCGGAGGGAUCUCAGCCAGAUGUUCUCUCUCACCCCCUUCCGACAUGUCUGCGAUGACAUCCGAUUUCUGCACCGCCGCAUCAAUGGUGGUCGCGUCCAGAUGCAUCAAACCGGUUCUCGCCACGAGAACGAGGCGGCGCUUCGUCAUAUCCAUCACAGCCCCGAGAUUUACGACGGGACGGGAGCUGGCGAGCUUUUAAGCUGGCAUCCAACCUUGCUCACUGCACACUUGGGGCUCCUGCCCUGCCGGGGAGUAGACAGCGAAGCACUGCAGGCAAGGAGCAGACAGCCGACACAGGAUAGUCCCCUCCACAAGCGGGGACAGACUUGUCUGAACGAGACGCGAACACAGUAACAGAGCCGUGGGCACUCGAUGAUCGACCACACUCGUACAACAGACGCAUCAUGAACCGUCACACCGACGGGAAGCGAGAGGGUGAACCGGAGAAUGAAACGGCCGAUUUAAGGCCACAUAUAAAACCUCUCGGCGACUGGCCACACACAG